UUAAGAGCUUCUUCUUCAUUUUGUUCUAUCUGCUUUCAUUCCAUUUUGUUCUAUCUGCUUUCAUUCUCUCUGAGAAUAUAGAUUAAUCAUGGCUUCUUCUUCCUCUUAUAGAAUUAGUUUCUGUGUGUUUGUUGUUCUCAUUGUGAUGGCAUCUGCUCAGCUAUCCUCAACUUACUAUGAUACUUCAUGUCCUAAAGCUCUCUCUACCAUCAAGUCUGUAGUGCACACUGCAGUCGCUAAGGAAAGUCGCAUGGGCGCUUCCCUUCUCCGUCUUCAAUUCCAUGAUUGCUUUGUCCAAGGUUGCGAUGCAUCUAAUCUGUUAGACGAUACGUCAAGCUUCACCGGCGAGAAGACGGCCGCACCAAAUAACAAUUCAGCCCGGGGGUUCGAUGUCAUCGACACUAUCAAAUCCAGUGUUGAGAGCAUCUGCCCUGGUGUCGUCUCCUGCGCAGACAUUAUUGCCGUCGCUGCCCGUGACUCCGUUGUUUGUUUGGGUGGCCCUUCAUGGACUGUUCAGCUAGGAAGAAGAGAUUCGACCACAGCAAGUUUUAGUUUGGCUAACAGUGACAUCCCUGCACCGUCCUUGAAUCUCAGUGGGCUUAUCUCUUCCUUCUCCAAGAAAGGUUUAACUACGAAGGAAAUGGUGGCUCUCUCAGGAGCCCACACCAUAGGCCAAGCUAAGUGCUCAAGUUUCAAAGCUCGUCUCUACAAUGAGAGUAACAUUGCUACAUCCUUCGCAACAUCCUUGAAGUCGAAUUGCCCGACCACCGGCGGUGACGACAAUCUCUCCCCUCUUGACACUACAAGCCCAAACUACUUUGAUAAUGCUUAUUACAAGAACCUGUUGAGCAACAAGGGUCUGUUACACUCAGAUCAACAGCUUUACAGUGGUGGCUCUACAGAUUCUCAGGUCACCAGCUAUAGCACCAGUUCUUCCACUUUCUCAUCGGAUUUCGGAAGUGCCAUGGUGAGUAUGGGAAACAUUAGUCCACUUACAGGGACUAGUGGGGAGAUCAGAACCAAUUGCAGGAAAACCAACUAGGCCUUGAUCUCCAGUUUUUUGUUGUGGUUUGCUUUGAUGUUUUUGAUGAAUUGUGAUAAUAGUUAUUAUUAAUAAGGAGAAUUCACUACGUUUGAUGUAUGUCAUCAAUAUUCAUAAUGGAAACAGAUAAUAAGUGUUGUUUUUAA